AUGGCAGACAGUGAUUGUAAAACGUUGGCGACAGUUUGGGGAGAAUUUAGUCAAUCAACAGGAUUCCAUGGUGUAAAUAAGCUUAAAAACGGCAGUAAAUUAAGAUGCUUGUUUUGGCUUUGUUCGUUUCUUGCAUGCGCGGCAUACCUGACUUAUGUUAUGAUUCAAGAAUUAGGAAAUUACUACACAUACCCUACAUACACAACACUAGAAGUGGAGACACAUUCUGAAAUUGAAUUUCCUGCAGUAACUAUUUGUAAUUUAAAUUCUUUAAGCAAAUCAUCCGUUUUGAAUGAUUCAAGGGUUGAUAAUUAUUAUUUAAGUAUUGGACCACGAGAGAUACACCAAGUUCAAAUGUACAACAAGUUCAAUUGGAGUGAUCCGUUUUAUGAACAAAACGGAUUUUUCAACGAAAGAAAAAUGGAGGACAUCUUAUUGGAACAUAAAAGAUUACACCAGGGUUUGUUUAAUAUCUUUGUGUUCGAUCAAACCGCCUUGAAUGAUUCAAAAGAGUAUUUCUCUGUGGAGUUAAAACCAAACGGACCAUGUCUUACUUCAAAUAAAACCAAAAUAUUGAAGACAUCGAAUACAGGGUCCGAAUACAACUUUGUAAUGUGGUUGAAUUUAGAGCAAGAAGACAGUUAUUUUGGCCAGCGGUUAGGAGAGGGGGCACAGUUCACAGUUCAUGACAAGGAUGAAGAUCCCUACUUCCACGGAUCUAGUGGAUACUAUGUUGAACCAGGACACGAGUAUUACGGUGCACUUAGGAAAUACACUUAUGAAUAUAUGCCAGAACCGUUUAAAGCAACACCAACAGAAUUCUGCAGAGAUUCUUCUGUGAAUGGAGAUGAGUAUUUUACAACAAAGUGUUGGAAGGAAUGCUAUGUCAGAUAUAUUUACGAGUCCUGUAAUUGUAUUGAUUUUCAUUACAAAGGUCAGUAUGUAUGUAUUAGAUAUGAGACGAUUACAUCUGAUUAA